AUGAAUUCAGAUUCCGAAGUGGAGGACGAAAAUACGCCUCCCAAAAAAAAAACCAAAACAAUACGUCGCGUGCAAAAAUUUAGAAAUGCUUGGCUCACGGAAGAGGAAUUUAAACUAUGGCUUCAGAGGGUUCCCAACAACCUCGAGAAAGCCAAAUGCAAAUUUUGCAAUAUCAUUAUGAAGGCGGACAGAACAGUGAUCAACAAUCAUUCAAAAUCUCAAAUCCAUAAGAAAAAACUUACAUUUUUUCAGCCAAAAAUAAUAGAAUUUACAAAAAAUCCUAACGAUCCAAGCUUAACAAUAAGUAAGGAAACAAGCAAAUUAGAAAUACGUUUAUGUGCAUUAAUUACUGAACACAAUAUACCCAUACGGGUUUUGGACCAUCUAACACCUUUGAUGAAGGAAUGUAUUCCUGAUUCAAAAAUUGUACAAAAUAUGCAUUUAAAAGCAACAAAAGGAGUUGCAAUCAUAAAAAAUGUGAUUGGGGCAGCCUCAAAAAAUCAUCUGCAAAACAAAUUAAAAUCAACAUUAUUCAGCGUGCUGAUAGAUGAAUCCACCGACAUUGCUUGUGUCAAAACUAUGUGCGUCGUGGUCAGGUAAAUUAUUAAAUUUAUUUUAAAUAGUUAAUACAGUAUUUAAAAAUUUCUGGGUGUAUUAUACUUAAAAUUGUUUACAGAUUUUUUGAUGAGGAGGAAGGAGGAGUGGUUAGUAGAUUUUGGGAUCUAUGUCAAGUAUUUGAGAAGAGCACUAAUGCCGAAGCAGCUACAGCAGAGCAUUUGUUCAAUCUUACACAAACCUCCUUCAAAAAACAUGAUAUUUCAUUUGAAAAUAUCAUUGGAUUUGCAUCCGACGGGUG